CUGCAGCGGCCGGCCGGGCGUGUGGGAGCGCGUGGCGCCAGCAGUGGCGGACAACUACAACGUCAGGUCGUUUGUGGGCGAGGCCGCCUUCCACAGCCCGGUGGGCGCCAUAGGGCGGCCGCACCUGGAGCGGGCGAGGUCGCUGCUGGUGCAGGUGGGCGGGUGCGGGGGAUGGGGUGGGCGGGUGCGGGGGAUGGGGUGGGCGGCAUAGGGCGGCCGCACCUGGAGCGGGCGAGGUCGCUGCUGGUGCAGUUUGACCUGGUUCUGGACCUGGACGCGGGCCAGGACGCCUCGGCGCUACUCAUGAGCCAGGGGCUGGGCUGGGGCACCACCCUGUCAGAGGUGCGGGCGCGCACCUCCCAGCGGGUCACCUCCAAGCACGGCUUCGACCAGGCCGCCGACUGCCCGCGUGAGGGGCUGGCGGAGCUGCUGCCGCGCCAGCAGCCCGACAUGCAGCUCUACAGGCUGGGUCGCGUGCUGAGCUUCCUCGAUGUGGUGUUCUUGGACCUGGCGAGACAGGCGGGGCAGACGCCGGAGGGCGUCGCUGCUGCGGCACGUGGCGAGCGAGAGGGAGCGGUAGAGGGUGCUGAAGGCAAAGAGGGCGGUGCAGAGGAGGGGGCGGCUGGUGCCGACUGCGGCAUCCUGGGGAGAAGCAGGCGGCGCGACAACGGGAAAGGAAGCGAUACCGAUGGACGUCACAUGCGGUAAUGACAGGCAGAGCGGCGUGUGUUGAAAGACUGGACUUACUCACUGCGGAAUUACAUUGUAUUUCAUAGAGAGGUAGAAACACAGCGCUUGCAAUUAUAGACUAGCAUUCGGCUAGGCACUCGGCACACAGCAAUGUCGAGCGGUGCUAGCCCAGGCGCGCAUGACCAGGGCAGCAGCUCGCCAGCUGCUCAAAAUGUAGAUUGGUCUCCU